AUAUGCGCAUGUGCACAUUAUUAAACGAAAACGUGGUAGCUGUUUGUUCCGCGGAUUUCUGUGCUUUCUUGUAUAAAAUAAUCAUAAUAUAUUUUUCAGUAAUUUUUAUUACUAUAUUAUUCGUUUUUUGAAUUUAUAUCUACAAAGUUAUAAUGCUAUAAUUAUAAUUGAUGUUUUUGAUCUACCAUUUUUUCGGUUUUUAUUAAAUUUAUCAAAGUGUGAUUACGUCAAUACGUAUUUGCACUUAUAUGAUUUCUGAUGAUGGUUAUAUAAAAAUUAAUCGAAUUGCUAAAUACGUGAAAAUAUGAUAUCAUAUUUCAGAACUUUAAAGUUAGGUGUUUAUAAUAUGCUUCAUAAAGGUCCACGUCCAUUAGUUUUGUGUGGUCCUUCAGGAAGUGGAAAAAGUACAUUAAUAAAAAAGCUUUUUGAAGAAUUUCCAGAUACUUUUGGUUAUUCUGUAUCUCAUACCACUAGAACUCCUAGACCAGGCGAGGAAGAUGGGAAACAUUAUCAUUUUACUACUAAAGAAAAAAUGCAAAAACAGAUAGAACAAGAUGAAUUUAUAGAAACUGCUAUAUUUAGUGGAAAUAUGUAUGGCACUAGUAAACGUGCAGUAGAAGAAGUACAGCAAAUGGGUAAAAUUUGUGUAUUAGAUAUUGAAAUACAAGGAGUAGAGCAAGUAAAACGAAGUUCUUUAGAUCCCUUGUAUAUAUUUAUUAAACCACCAUCUAUAGAAGAAUUAGAGAAAAGAUUAAGAGCUAGAAAAACAGAAACAGAAGAUGUUUUGAAACAAAGAUUGUCUAUUGCCAAAGUAGAAAUGGAAUAUGGUGAAAAAGUUGGUAAUUUUGACAUAGUGAUUGAAAAUGAUAAUUUUUCAAAAGCAUAUAAUAUAUUAAGAGAAUUUGUGAUGUCAAGUUUGAAGCAAGGAUAAACAGGAUAUUAAAUUUAUGCUUCUUAAAGAUAUAUUCUUCUUUGAAAUUAAAUUAUAAUUAUUUUUAUAUAUAUAUUUCUAUGUAAAUUCAUCUAAUCACGUAAUAAUAAUUAAUUAAUACGUGAUAAAAUGCAUAAACUCAUGUUCAAAGAUCAAAUUAGUAGAUUGAAAAAUAAAUAUAAGUAAAUAAUUUUAUACAAUAAUAAGUUGAUUUUAAUAUUGAAAGAAUAAUUAUAGCAGGAAGCUUCAAAUUUGUUAUAUGCAUAGCAUUAAUGUAAAAUUAAUAUCAUUUAAUUUUAAAAAUAUAUCAUUAAAUUUUAAGAACAAGCUGGGAAUAAAACUACAAAUAAGGAAAUAAGGACAAAAUGUUUAUAUAAUUUCUUUGAACUUGGUAAUUAAAGAAAAUAAUUGUAUAUAAUAUAAUAGUUAUCAAUUAAAUUAUUUUUAUAAUUUCUUUGCAAUUAUACAUACAUAUAUAUGUAUAAUUAUAUAUAUAUAUAUUAUAUAAUAUAUAAACAUAUAUAUAUAUACAUAUAUAUAUGUUUUAUAUAAGUAGUAAAUUUGUAUUACUUAUAUGUAUUAUUUAUUUAUAACAGUAAGUUUUAAGAUUAUUAUUAUUAUUAAAUCAGUGGAAAACUUUUGUUAUUUUAAUAUUCUAGUGUAACGUUCCUCAAUCUUUUAUAUAAUUCAAUAUAUUAAUUUAUAAUUGUACCAUGAUCCAAAUAUUUAUAUGAAAUUAUAUAUUAUAUAUUUACAUGAAAUUUUUAAUAAGUUAAAAUUUUUUUUAAUUGGAAUCAUUAUUUAUAUUAUAUAAAUAAAUGAAAUUAUCAUAUGUUUUAAGUAACUUUUCAGUGAAUUAUAAUUUUAUGAUCUAUAUAAAAAUAUAAUGCGUCACAAUAUUAAGCGUCGAUUUAUAGAUUGAGAAACGCUGCUCUAGUGAAUAUAGAAAGGUAUAAAAUAAUUUUAGAUUAAUGAUAUCUUGCCAAAUGUAUAUAAAGGACAGUCAAUUUACAUAAAGACUUUAAUGCAGGCUAGAUAUCUAGAAAGAAAUUUGCAAAAAUUUAAUAUAAUGUUUUAGAUAUAGUUAACUGAGACUAUUCACCAGACGAAGUUGUGUUCCAAUAGCGUAGAUUACUUAUAAAAUACUUGUGGUUUUUGUCCUCGUCAAACAUCGUAUAAUUAUAAUUAUUGCACCAUCCAAGAUUCAUUCAUAAAUUCAAUUACACUUGAAUAUAUCAUUUUAUUAUUUUAUUAAACAGAAAAGGCAUUUGUCCAAACAUUCCUUUAGUAUUCAUUAUCAAUUAAACAUAUUUAACAUUUUUUUAUUGAAAAUAUUCUUGAAAAAAUUUGAAAUAUAUUUUCAUAUUAAUCGAUAUUAUUAAAAUUCAUACCAUGAUCAUUGUCACUUUCAUUUUCUUAUAUGUUUUUGCAUUAUCAAUUUAUUUAUUCGUCAAAUAUUAACAAGUUGUUGCUUCCAUGCGCAUCGCGAAAAAAAAUACAUAUUUUCUUAUAUAUGCGAUGUUAUUGCUUGUUAGUAUGUGUAUAGUUAUAUAAAUAUAAUAAUAAAAAGUUUAAAUGAACAAAAAAUAAAAUAUAUACACAUAUAUUGUUAUAGAAAAUUGUAUCAUUGUUGUAUCAUAUAUUGAAUAAAUAUUUCAAUUAAACGAUA